AUGGACUCUAUUGCCUUUGGUUUCUGUGCAAUAUGGUCAAUGCACUUCGUUGGAAUGCUCGCAUGUGGCCUCGACGUGGAAGUUCGCUUCAACAUAUUCUUGACCAUUGUAUCCGCCGCCGUCGCCGUGCUCUUCACCUUUGCCGCGCUUUCCAGCCCGUACGCAUCAGAGACAAUCGAAAACUCGGCGCCUAUGCGCACGCUAGCCAAAUGGAACCACGAGAUAUACAGCGGUGUCGCGAACAUUUUCACGGGGCACCCCUCCCAUGAUUUGGAGGCGGGUUAUGCGCCCCUACAAACUACUUCUGCAGAAGACAUCCCCUCAGUUCCUCCAGGCGUAAGGGUCGCGCUCGAUCAAGACGACAUCGACAUCAGCAGCGACGAGGACGAAGAAGAGCGUCAAGAAUCUGCUCCUGUAGAGCAGAGACGAGACGAAGACAGCGGGAGGCUAAUAUACGCCACUGCCAGCGGGGACUCGUCGACGCUCCCGACGCACCGGCGAGACUCCUUCACGCAGCCCGAGAACGGGCGUAAGUCCUCCAAGUCUCCGGUCGCGCGGCGCUCGGCCCGGCACCGUCUUCUGCACCGCGUGCUGUCGUCGUCGACCACGCGCCGCACGUCCCAGGACUCGACGCCCAGCAGCACCUCGACGACGACGACCUCGAGCUCCGAGUCGUCGUUCACCCGCAACCUCUCAGGUACGACGCUUGCUACCUCUUCAUCAAGCUCGUGGAGCGAGCCCCUCCAUCCAGGACUUAGCCGGGAGACGCGGUUGAGGAUCAAGGCCCGCGCGAAGGAGCGCCCCCCGCCGGAGUUCGGCUGGCGGUAUUGGAUUAAGACGCACUACGAAUCGGUCACCAUAUUUUUGUGCCUCCGCGCCGCGAUAUGGGCCGGGGCCAUCGUAUUCAUGCACUACUGCGGAAUGUGGGCAAUGGAAAUACCUUCCGGGCGAAUUUCGUGGGAUAUGGGCAUCGUCGCCUUGUCCUAUGCAGUCGCAUACAGCUCGCACUUCGGACGGCAGAUGGUGUUCAGCACGAUCGCGUCCAUCGGUUGUUGCUCGAUGCACUACACCGGAAUGGCAGCGGCCACUUUCUAUACAUACGCUCCCGCAUCGCCCAACGCCGGCUACCCCCAGUUCCUCCCGAUCACAAUCGUCGGCAUCGCCGUAUUGGUAUGCGUCGUGUCCAACGCGAUACUGGCGCAUGCCGCCAUCACAGCGCGCAACCGGAUGGCAGAGAUCAUCCUUACAAAGCGGAGGCUCUGGCGCAUCAUGGCGGAGAAAGAGGCCGCCGAGCAGGCGAUCGAGCUUAAGCAGCAGUUCAUCUCCGUCGCCAGUCAUGAGAUUCGCACGCCUCUGCAUACCGUGAACGGGUAUUGUGAGCUGCUGGUGAGGACACCGUUGACAGAUGAGCAGUCUCUGUAUGUCACUAGCAUACAGCAAGCUUGUCAUGCGAUCAACAUCAUAGCCGGGAACCUUGACCGGAACAACGCCGAGUUAUCGGCGCGCCCAGUACACAUGGAAGUCCGCAAGAUGAUCGAGGACAUCGCCAAGAUUACAGAGGCGCGGGGUCUCCAACCAGGACAGCAAGGCGUAGACAUUAUCGUCUGGAUCGCGAAGGACGUGCCCCAAGCUGUCUACUUGGAUGAGACAUAUGCGUUCCGGAUCCUCAUGAACCUGCUGUCGAACGCCCAGAAGUUCUGCGAAGAGGGCUAUAUCUGUCUCGCAGUCUCCAUGGAAGGCUCUACGCAGCUCGUGAUCAGAGUCAUGGACACGGGCUGCGGCAUCCCGAAGAGCUUUCGCGGCGCGCUCUUCGAGCCAUUCCGGCAAGCCGACACGUCGCUGACACGCCCCCGGCAAGGCACUGGGCUCGGGCUCAGCAUCGUCAAGCACCUCGUGCAACGCAUGUCCGGCACGGUGGAGGUGGAGUCGGAAGAAGGCGAUGGCUCGACUUUCACUGUCAAGCUCCCGGUCACCUUGCCGUCGCGCUCGCCUUCCCCAACGGUUCAGUACGGCCCGCCCUCGGCGAGCAAGCGGCUGCGCAUCGUGUACCGGAACGCGCGCACGCAAGAUCGCUUCAUCCGUCUCUGGACGCGGUACGGCUACAACGUCCUCCCCGGCUCCGCGACCUCAUCCGCCUCGGACCUCGCAAAGGACGUCGACGUCAUCUGGACGGACGCAGAAACAGCCUCCCAAUCCCCCUCCCUCCGCAGCCUCCUCAUCUGCCCCCAAGCCCACACUGCCACCCUCUUCAUCGUGCACUCCGACGCGCAGGACGCCGCGCUGCUCGAGCCCGAGCUGCGCGACGCGCGCAACGCCGUGCUCGUCAAGCGCCCCGUGAUCAUGCACACCGUCGUCGAGUGGAUCGAGAACCCCGCGGAGCACCUCGGGCGGCACGUUCGCAACAAGGUGCGCUUCGCGCUGCCCGGGGAGUCGCUGCCGGGGUCGCCGUCGUCGAGUCCGGUGGAGAAGAAGAUGGCGGUGCGGGUGGACGUCGAGCCUGUGAGGAGCUCGGAUGAUAUUCCGCUCACGCCUAUUGCUUCUGGGAAGCGGGUUGCGGAUGAGGAGAGUGCAGAGGAUGCUUCGUUGCCCCGGGAUCGGAUUCUUUUGGUAGAGGACAACAUGAUCAACCAGAGACUAGGCUGCCGGCUACUAGAGAAGUUGGGCUACGAAGUAGUGACCGCGAACGACGGCAAACUGGCCAUUGACGCCAUCCGCAAGGACUACUUCGCAUGCUGCCUCAUGGACUGCCAGAUGCCAGUACUAGACGGAUUCCAGGCGACGAAGCGUAUACGGGAGCUCGAAGACAGCGGAGAGCUGCCCGACCAUCUACCCAUUAUCGCGCUCACUGCGAACGUCACGCAGGAGAGCGAAGGUGAUUGUAAAGCUGCAGGCAUGGAUCACUUCUUGCCGAAGCCCUUGAAGAUGGCCGGUACGUCUCUUCGCAAUAUUUUUGUGUCGAUCACGUACUCAUUCUUUCUACAGACCUAG